GGAAAAUGGGAGAAGAACAGCAUGUUUGUGAACGGGGAGAUAAUACUAAGGGAGUCUAUACUUGUUUAAAAGUCUUAAGUGGGUGGUGAUUAAUACUUAUGUGGGUGGUGGUUAACCGCUGCCCCUACCUACGCCUCAUCUCCACCAACGCAGUCAUCCUCCACGCCACAUCAAUCAAACCUCCCCGAUCUACCCAUCACACAGCCCACGCACGCGGCAACAAUUUCCCCAGCACAACCUCGCAUCACGUCACCGAAAAAACCUACCAUUCCUCCCUACCUACCUACCCACCCCCUGACACCAUAAUCCCAUAACCAACCGCCAGGCCACCGGCACACUCGCGCCGUGUACAUCCUCCCACGCACCAAUCGCCGCACCCCCGGGUAAAACCCAGCCCACGGCCCUCCUGAAAAGGGCCAGGAGGAGAUCGACAGUAACCGCGCCGCAAUCCUACAGCGCAAAACGUCUGAACACGGCGCCGCGCAUGACUCUUCCUGCAUCCUUUCUUCUAGCGCCGCGCAUGUCCGCGGAUCUGCUUUGUUUUGGGGGCAUGUGUGUGAUUUGUUGCGCUGGGG